AUGUUCACGGCCCAACAGAACAUCGCCCAACGGGGCCACGAGGAACAACGUGACAGUUUGAGUAAUAGCAGUUAUUUAAAUGGAGGUAAUUUUCUGGAAUUAAUUCACUUGCGGUGCAGGGACAUAGCUUCGCUGAAGGAUAAACUUGAAAGCCAGCUUCAGAAGCAUGCACAGUGGACAUCUCCCGUGAUACAAAACGAUUUUCUACAAAUUAUCGCCGACCUCAUUCGCGAGCGUAUCAGAAACGAUGUGCGAACCAGCGAAUGGUAUGGUAUCAUCUUGGACGAGACAUCAGACAUUAGCAGAAGAGAACAAGUUUCACUUUGCCUUAGUUUUGCACUGAAUGGAACGAAGAAAGAAGCAUUCAUUGGUUUCUACUCCACAAUAUCAACCGAAGGCGAAGUACUGUAUGAACUGGUGAAAUCUGCUAUCACUGAACUCAGUCUUGAUCUCAAGAACAUUGUUGGUAAAGUAUUCGAUGGGGCGGCUAAUAUGAACGGUGUACACAAGGGACUCUCGACAAGAAUGGAAGAAUGCUCUCCGCCCGUUAUCUACGUCCACUGUUACGGACAUAUGCUUAACCUCGCCCUUCAGGAUACUAUGACACAGAUUGAACCAUUGCGAAACGCUCUGGGAACUAUUCAGGCUCUGUAA